AUGUCGACGGAAUCCCUAACAGCUGAUCCAGCCCCAGCAGCAAACAGGGGGCCCUCUGCGGCUACCAAAGAUACAGCAUCAGCUACAGUCAUUAGUCUGGUAGAUGAUGACGAUGAAUUCGAUGAGGAUAUUGACUCUGACGAGUUUGCCGCUGCUGAAGUGGCUGCCACGCAAGCACCAACAAAUACCGUAUGUAAAACACAGAUACGCCACUGA